AUUGAAGGAAAAAAUUUGCAACAAUUGAUUAAUGAUGACGUGUGGCAUGUUACUCCUGCGCAACGUCUACUGCUCGCUUUUCAGGUAAUAAAUGGUUUAGUGCAUUGCCACAGUCACUUGCUGCUACAUUUGGAUGUAAAACCAGCUAAUAUUAUUGUUCAUGUAAAUGGGAAAAUAUGUAAACUAUCAGAUUUUGGUUGUUCAAGAAUUGCAGUAACAUCUCAGAACGGUUUAUUAAUUGCCAACGAUAAAACAACAAAUUCAGUAUUUGGUACCAUUACGCAUAAGGCACCAGAAUUGUUAAAGGGUCAGAAGAUAACUGAUAGAGCUGAUAUCUAUUCAUUUUCAUUAGUUCUAUGGGAGAUUCUAACGUGGAAAACCGUAUAUAGCUCUAUACAUCCGCACAUUCUCAUUUACGGUGUUGUUGUACAUAAAUUGAGACCUGAAAUUGAGCAGCUCAAUAUACCGAAAGAUAAAUACGGUAGGGCUUUAGUAACACUACUCGAAAAUUGCUGGUCAGAUGAAUUAACUAAACGACCGUGUGCCAUAAUUGUCCAACAAAUCAUCAAACAAUUCCUUUGCUCCAAAAAAUUAAUUCAACACUUUGAUGAGAAAAUUAAUAAUAACAAAUCACUUAAGCACGCACCAAUGCAAUUACCCAAAUUUUAA